CUCUCCCCAUCGAUAGGCCGCGCAAUGGCUCGCUGACGCACGGGUGAAAACGUUCUGUGUCCGCCAUGAAGAUGUUCAAUCCAAAAGUGAAUUAUUACGAGAACACGUGCUUCCGAUGCGGCCACACCGUGUACCAGGUGGACAAGAUCGGCCCGUUGAAGGACUUCACCUUCUUCCACAAAGGCUGCUUCAAGUGCGUGGUGUGCGGCACGACGCUGUCCCUGAGGACCUACUGCAACAACCAACACGACCACGAAGACAAAGAGGUGUAUUGCUGCAGCCACGCCCCGAAGAUCGGGCCCGGACACGUCGACGGAAGCGCCGUGGGAAUCCGAGCCGCCCUGAACGCCCCGAAAUCCGCUCAAUACGUGAACGACCAGAUCCGCGGCACCGGCAAAGGAACCUUCGACGCCGAGGCCCUCGCAAUCAAACCUCACCUUAAUCAUUCCCGAGAUUCCGCCGAUGGCCACAACGCGUCCCUCAACAGUGAUUACCCGUACGGACGCUUCGACGCGAGCGCCUUGCACAUCGCUCAUGCCUUGCGGGCGACGGAGGUGCAGCGGAAUUACAAGAAGAUCUCCUACGACCGGCCUCUCAAUUCCUAUCUGGACAAAGAGAUCCAGAUGCAGCUGGAGAUCCGGCACAGGAAAGAAGAGGAUGACCUGUACAGGAAAUUCGCCAAGCAGAGAGAAGAGGAAGAGAAGAAGAUGAAGGAACAGAUACAGGAGGAAUGGGAGACGGAGCUGGAGCGACUGACGAGUCGGCUGGAGAAGGAGAUGGCAGCGAAGAAGAGGAAACCCGAGGAGCAGAGGGUAUUGACAUUGAGGCACCAGAAUGAACGCGACGAUCUUGAGAGGAACAUGACUCUCAAGAGCAGCAAGAAGAAGGAAUCACUCACCAAGAAACUCCUCGAGCACGAGAGGUCCGCCCGCUCUCUGGUGGAGAAGCACAGCAAGGAGAUGAUGAACUUGAUCCAGCAGAAGAAAUCGGAGUACCUGCGGGAUCAAGGAGAUCAGGAGGAGAUGGAGCUCCCGCCGUAUCCAUCCCAGGCGCCUCCACCCGGUCCCCCCGCCCAGGCCAAAGUGGAGAUCUACUCCGAUCCCAUGGUCUUCCAUGACAUCGACCAACAAGCCAUCGCGGUGGCCCAAGAGGAUCAGAAAACUUUCACCGACUUGCUGCGCCGCCUCAUCGGGAACUGCAGCUCGGACGUGGAGAAGGCUCGCGCCAUCUUCCGCUGGAUCACGGUGAAGAAUCUGAACACGAUGGAGUUUGACGAUACUGCCCAAACGGAUACUCCCAUGGGUCUGCUGAGGGGGAUCAAGCACGGCACCGAAAGUUACCAUGUCCUCUUCAAGCGCCUUUGCAGUUAUGCUGGUCUACACUGCGUGGUGAUUAAGGGUUACUCAAAGUCAGCUGGAUAUCAGCCUGGUGUGCGGUUCGAAGACAACCGCUUCCGCAAUUCCUGGAAUGCUGUCUAUGUUGCUGGAGCAUGGAGAUUUGUCCAAUGCAACUGGGGUGCCCGACAUCUGGUCAAUGCCAAGGAGGUUCCCAAGUCGGGUCACCGUGGCAAGAGCGAUUCACUCAGGUACGAGUACGACGAUCACUACUUCCUAACCGAUCCGAAGGAAUUCAUCUACGAGUUCUUCCCUCUGCAACCGGAAUGGCAGCUGCUCAAACGUUCCAUCACACUACAGGAAUUUGAAGAACUUCCAUUUGUCAGAUCACUGUUCUUCCGCUAUGGCCUGUACUUCCCUGAGGAAAAUACCAAGGCCGUUAUGCGCACUGACUCCACAGGAGCUACUACAAUACGAAUUGGCAUGCCAGCUCAUCUCCAGUCUUCUCUUAUAUUUCACUACAAUCUCAAGUUCUAUGAGAAUGAAACCGAUACAUACGAUGGAGUGAGCCUGAAGAGGUUUGUCAUGCAGUCUGUGGUGGGGAAUGUAGUGGCGUUCCGUGUUCAUGCACCGAGCAGUGGAGCCCUUCUCUUGGACAUCUUUGCCAAUGCAGUCACACCUCGAGAAUACCUGACAGGGGAACCCAUGAAGUUCAAGAGCGUGUGCAAAUUCAAGAUCCUCUGCGACGAGCUGCAGACGGUGAUGGUGCCACUACCAGACUGCGCAUCAGGCGAAUGGGGCCCCAUGAAGGCAACGCGUCUCUUCGGCCUCAUUCCCCUGACGCACCAGGAUGCGCUGAUCUUCGCAGGUCGAGACCUCGAGAUCCAGUUUCGCAUGUCUCGUCCGCUGACAGACUUCAUGGCGACCCUGCACAAGAAUGGCUCUGAAGAACGUAAGCUGUCCAAGCACGUUUCGCAUUCGGUGAGCGAGGAUGUUGUGACCUUCUACAUCAGCUUCCCUGAAGAGGGACAAUAUGGCAUGGACAUAUACACGAGGGAGGUAUCUCACGGUGAAAGCGAGAGGGAGAAGGAGAAGCACCUUCUCACUCAUUGUUGCAAAUAUCUCAUCAACUCGUCCAAGCGAAAUUGAGCGGCGCUGACUGACGUCCUGCUUUUACUAACUUGGAAAAUGUCCAAUUUCCAGAAUGGAUCUGACUUAAAUGUGAUUGCUCUAGGAAAAAAAUUCAUGAGAAAUACCUUCAAGUUCACUAUGAAAGUGCAGAAAAUAUCAGGGUUUAUAAUCUUUCUUACAUAUUGAUAGAUUCCUACAUAAUGCUCUAUUAAGUCCUGAGUGAAUCAAAGGCAGAGAUGAUAGGGAAGAUCCAUUUGUCAGUCUGAGAACAUCCCACGCCGAUGUUCCGUCUUAACAUGUGAUACUGGGAUCCCUGGUGCGUCACACUCAUUAAAUAAAUUUUUGUUACAGUGUAUUACUGUAUGAGGUUUUUACACUUUUUUGAACGGUCUGAUAAAAAAAUCAGUUUUAAUUUCUUCCUCACUUGACUAGUCUCUGGAGUUUUGAUUGCCUUAUGUUAUGUUACAUGAUUCCUAAUAUAUUUAGUAGCAUAGCCAUGAAUCAUGCCGGUUUAUGUACAUGGGUGUACAGUCAUCCUAAUUCUCACUGGAAUGGUUGUCAUAACAGUCUCACAUAGAUAUCUUUUGCUAUCUUUGAAGCUUUUAUUUCUACUUUUACUUCAACUUGCUGUUAUCAAAUGAGGGGCUGAGAACGAUGGCAACUGUAAAGUGUCUUCUGUGAGUCUUCCAUGAGUAGGCCUAAUGUUUUUUUUUUUUUGCAUCAC